AUGGAUCCAAUAAAGUAUAUCUUCAAAAAGCCUGUUGUUACUGGUAGAAUUUCCUGGUGGCAAAAGUUGUUGACCGAGUAUGAUAUUCAGUAUGUGACCCAGAAAGCAAUAAAAGGGAGUGUUAUGUCUGACUACCUGGAUCACCUACCUGUGGAAGGUUAUCAACUGUUGAGGUUUGACUUUCCAGACGAAGACAUUACGUUUAUUAGAGACUUCACUAUGCUAGGCUACGAGAUAAGCCCUGAGGAAGGCCCCGAACAAGGAUCGCGAUGGAAGCUUGUGUUCGAUGGUGCUUCCAAUGCUCGUGGCCAUGGCAUAGGUGUUGCUAUUACUUCUCCAACCGGUUUCCACCUUCCAUUUACCACUAGACUAUGUUUCAACUGCACCAACAAUAUGGCAGAAUAUGAAGCGUGUAUCUACGGUUUGGAGGUGGCCAUCGACUUAAGGAUCAUGACUCUUGAGGUAUACGAUGAUUCAUUUCUGGUGAUAAGUUAG